AGAGUAUUUUGUGUUUUUACGUGCUCGAUUAAUAAUAAAUCACCUCUCAACAGCUUUACACAACACCACCACCUCCUUCAAGAUCCAUCACAUCACAGAACAACAGGAUCAAUCAAAUCAAACCCUAGAUUUUCUUCAUCUUUCAAUUCUCAAAUUGUUCAAUCCUAACCGUCGAUUACAGAUAGCAGGCCAGUGAUUGUUGUAUUGACUGGAAAAAUGGCAACAGAUGAAUUGCAUAAAUCAGAAGGUGAAACCAUGGAUUCCAGCAAAUCUGUUUUUAAUUUAGGGUCGGUUGUUGGUGAUUUAACUAUUGAAGAAGAUGCAGGCAGCAAUGAUAUAUCAUUGGAAGGCCUACAACAAGAGCUUGAAGAGUGCAAAGCCGACGAGGUUGUUGCAAACAUAUUAUCAAAAGGUGUGAAAUUGCGGGAGUAUACUAAGGGAGUUGAAAACAAUUUACGCCAAGUAGAAUUGGACUCAAUACAGGAGUACAUAACAGAGAGUGAUAAUCUAGUGUCACUGCAUGAUCAAAUCCGUGAUUGUGACAUCAUUCUUUCACAAAUGGAAACUUUACUUGGUGGAUUUCAGGUUGAGAUUGGCUCUAUUAGUUCAGACAUAAAAAUUCUUCAGGAGAAAUCUUUGGAUAUGGGGCUCAAGCUCAAAAAUCGCAAGGUCGCAGAAUCAAAAUUGGCGAAAUUUGUUGAAGAAAUUAUUGUACCACCAAGGAUGAUAGACAUAAUUGUUGAUGGAGAGGUAAAUGAGGAAUACCUUAGGACUCUGGAGAUCCUGAGUAAGAAGUUGAAGUUUGUGGAAGUAGAUUCCAUGGUUAAAACGUCAAAUGCUCUAAAAGAUGUUCAGCCUGAGUUAGAAAGACUUAGACAGAAAGCAAUUUCGAAGGUAUUUGAAUUCAUGAUUCAGAAGCUUUAUGCAUUGCGGAAACCUAAAACAAAUAUCCAGAUUCUUCAGCAGAGCAUCCUGUUAAAAUACAAGUAUGCUAUUUCCUUUCUCAAAGAGCAUGGGAAGGAUGUUUAUAAUGAAGUUCGGGCAGCAUAUACUGAUACCAUGAACAAGGUCCUAAGCGCUCAUUUCCGUGCUUAUAUUCAAGCAUUAGAGAAACUACAACUAGAUAUAGCGGGACCUACAGAUCUGAUAGGUGUUGACACCAGAAGCACGAGCCUUUUUUCAAGAGGAAGAGAACCUCUGAAAAACCGGUCUGCUAUCUUUGCUCUCGGAGAUAGGAUAAGCAUUCUCAAGGAAAUUGAUGAGCCUUCGUUAAUUCCACAUAUUGCUGAAGCAAGCUCAAAAAAAUAUCCUUAUGAAGUUCUCUUCAGGAGCUUGCAUAAGCUGCUUAUGGAUACUGCCACUUCAGAAUAUGUGUUCUGUGGUGAUUUCUUUGGAGAAGAAUCUGUAUUUUACGAAAUAUUUUCAGGGCCAUUUGCUGUAAUGGAUGAGCACUUUGGUACGGUUCUUCCAAACUCCUUUGAUGCAAUUGGUAUAAUGCUUAUGAUCCGCAUCACCCAUCAACACCAGCUCAUAAUGUCUAGGCGACGGAUUCCAUGUCUUGAUUCUUAUUUAGACAAGGUGAAUAUAUCAUUAUGGCCACGUUUCAAGAUGGUAUUUGAUAUGCACAUAAACAGUUUGCGCAACGCAAAUGUAAAAACAUUGUGGGAAGAUGAUGUGCACCCGCAUUACGUCAUGAGGCGUUACGCUGAGUUUACAGCUUCGCUUAUUCAACUUAAUGUUGACUACGGGGAUGGACAGCUUGACCUGAACAUGGAAAGACUGAAAAUGGCUAUUGAUGACUUGCUAAUUAAGCUUGCCAAAAUGUUCACAAAACCGAAACUGCAGACGGUUUUUCUUAUUAAUAACUAUGACAUGACAAUUGCGGUUUUGAAGGAAGCGGGCCCAGAAGGUGGCAAAAUUCAGGCCCAUUUUGAAGACCUUCUGAAGAACUAUACUGCUGUUUAUGUGGAAGAAUUGCUGUUGGAACAUUUUGGCAAUCUGAUAAAGUUUGUAAAAACCCGUGCCUCUGAGGACCCGAAUUCCGGAUCUGACAAACCAAUCACGGUGGCUGAAGUUGAACCACUCGUGAAGGAUUUUGGAAGUAGAUGGAAAGCAGCAAUAGAAUUGAUGCACAGUGAUGUAAUCACGUCGUUCAGCAACUUCCUAUGUGGAAUGGAGAUAUUAAGAGCCGCCUUGACGCAACUUCUACUUUACUAUACAAGACUCUCCGAUUGCAUGAAGAAAAUCGAUGGUGGGUCCGCCCUUAACAAGGAUCUUGUUUCCAUAUCGUCCAUUAUGUAUGAAAUCAGAAAGUUCUCCAGGACAUUCUAGAAGAUCGUAAUAACUCGAGUUGUUUGUUUGUUCAUACAACCUUUUCUCUUUUAGAUUGUGGUUAUAAGAAAAUUGUUUCGUUGCGAUGAUUCUUAAUUUGAUUAUUAUAACAUAUGUUGUCAUUGCAAAGUUUGACCCGUAUAGAUCAUAAUAACUCGAAUUUGUUUAUUCAUACAACCUUUGCUCUUUUAGACCAUGGUU